ACGAAGUUUUGUUGUUUAUUGUGCUGUUCUAUAUACAACAAAUACAUUGCAUGCCUGGGACUUUUCCUGAUGAACCUUUCAACUGUAACAGAUAUAUGGAUUAUGCUUUACGCGACUGGUCGUGUAGACCUGCCGACUUGUUUGAUAUGCUGGAUGACGAUAUACUAAAAGACGAUGUUGUCACUGGAGACGAAUUUCUCCGUGAAGCAGGGGCACGUUGCAGUAACGAGACACUGCUAGCUUCCUACAUCAACUGUAUGGGGACAUUAUCUGCGGAAUGUCCCGAACAGUUUGCUGAUGUGGCUGACUCGUUAAGAAACAAGAUAAGCAUGUUUUGUGACGGCAAUGACGUCUCUGAAGGGCUCCAGUCAGCGAUGAACAGCGGGUUUUCAUUUAACCUGAAUUGCUCUGCCGCUAUGGAUGCGGCAUUAAUGGAAUGUGCGAAAGAACUGGACAUUUAUAAGAACAUCCCUGGGCCCAAUAUAACCUUCGCAGUGGCAGCGGAAAUUCUUCCACCGGUUAUUAGCGAGUUAUUUCACUGUUCAAAGAGGCAACUGGAACUUACACCAACUCAGAGUAACGGAUGUGACAGCUCUUGGCGAAAUAUUCUGCUAAACCUUUGGUUAAGAAUGCAGUUCAUGGGGAGCAUUUUUGUCAAUUUGUCUCAGGAAGAUGCGCAAGAACUUCUGGCUCUAGUUAGUGAGUAUGGAGGAACAGAAAUCCUGAUUUAGUAAUUCACACACAGAGCUUUUUUAAAGAUUGGUGACACACUUUUAAGACAGAUCAAGAAUUGUCACCACUAUUUUGCUUUAUUCAGAACAAAUAUGACUUUAUACAAAAGUCACGGUACAAUAAAUAAUUUGUUCUUUUUUUCUUUCAAAAUAUACAGUAGUAAAACUAGUGUGAUGAAAUGUGGUAUUGAUUUGAAAUGGAAUUCGACCUUGAAUACGAUUUUCAGGAAAAGGAAAUACAGAACAUACUACGAAACUAAUCGUUCUCAUGAUACCCCCGGGAAAUGAAUUGCCCAGAUAGUUAUUAUGACAUUAUGCAUCGUAGGAUACCCACGGCCGAACCAGAACAGUUAUGUUACAUGUUAAUCAGCCGUGGGUAUCCGACGAUAGACAUUAUAAUGAUGUAUGUUGGAUUUCCUUUCAAAUGUUUCUAUUUCUUAAAGCUACAUUAAAUAAAUUUCAUAAAAACAUAAAUGGCGACAUUUCAUUAAUAAAUUGGGUUUCAUAUCGA